GCCAAUCACAGGGCACAUAUAGACAAACAACCAUUCACACUCACAUUCAUACCUAUGGACAAUUUGGAGUCGCUAAUUAACCUAGCAUGUUUUUGGAAUGGGGGAGGAAACCCACGCAGGGUGAGAACAUGUAAACUCCACAUAGACAUUCAUGAGACGGGAAUCGAACCCGAGUCUCCUUGCUGCAGCCCUGAAUAUGUUAUAUUCAUUCAUUCAUUUUCUAACGAUUAACCUCACGACAGUCGCGGGGGUGCUGGAGCCUAUGGACAAUUUGGAGGCGCUAAUUAACCUAGCAUGAUGGCCACUUUAAUAUUUUCAAAGAUAUGCAACAUAUUUCAAGUCAUAUUUCAGUUUUAUGAUGUAGGUGAAAUGCUAGUAAAAUAAUUUUUUGUUUAUUUUUUUUAAUUCUGACUUUUACCAUUUGAUUAUGCCUUUUUUCUCUUAAAGGGGACCUAUUGUGCUCAUUAUCAGCCUGUUGUAUUGAUUUGUUGACUCCUAUAGAGCAGCUACACACAAUAACCCACACAGAAAGCUUACAGAAACCUACGGCCCGCCUUCGACCACACAGAAAACUUCCUAGAACUUCCAGACACUGCACCUAUUCCAGCUGUAUUUGUAAUGGAAAUGCAUUGGAACGGGACUGGAGAUUUUGUCCGAAAUAGGCGAAAUCCGUUAUAAAAAAUCCGAUAUAUGCAAUGAAUUUUUAUUGGAAAUGCAUUACAGAAAAAUCGGUUCUUUUUUAUCUGUCCGUUGUGAACGAAUUUACGAUAUAUCCGAGUCCGAUAUAUCCGAGGUUUACUGUAAAACAAAUUUUAGUUUAUUUUUUUAUUUCUUUUAAUUCUGACUUUUUACUAUUUGAUUAUGCCUUUUUUCUCUUAAAGGGGACCUAUUGUGCUCAUUUUCAGCCUGUUGUAUUGAUUUGUUGACUCCUAUAGAGCAGCUACACACAAUAACCCACACAGAAAGCUUCCUAGAACUUCCAGAAACUGCACCUAUUCCAGCUGUAUUUCCUUGGAUUUCCAAAAACUGUCUUUUUUAAUUUAUUCCACCUACGGCCCGCCUUCGACCACACAGAAAACUUCCUAGAACUUCCAGAAACUGCACCUAUUCCUGCUGUAUUUCCUUUGGAUUUCCACAAACGAUCUGUUUUUAAUUUAUUCCACCCACGCCCCGCCUUCGACCACGCCCACUCCGCUUUUAUUAGUUACUUUCCCAAAUGCUCUGCCCGGAGUACUGCCGAAGCUCACUUUCUAAUUCCGUCGGUAUAGGAGUUGAUAAUAAAUUCCAUGUUUGGAGAAGUACAGUAAACCUCGGAUAUAUCGGAUUCAAUUGUUCCCACUUGUUUUGUCCGAUAUGAGCGAAAUCCGUUAUAUGCGUAUACCGGAAAAUGUACGUUUUACGCAUAUAUCGGAUUUACAUCCGGUAUAUGCGUAAAUCGGAUUUUAUCCGUUAUAAAAAGGCACUUCCUUGACUAUGUUUCCAAUGUACCUGGACGCGAAUUUCCGAUAUAUCCGAGUCCGAUAUAUCCGAGGUUUACUGUAUAUGCGCUCUAGCAGUCUCUCUACGCACAGCACACGUUUGAGUCCUGAUUAGGAUUAUUGGAAUAUGAGCCUGUUGGAUGCAAUUUUCUUAUUUCAACACCAACAUGUUGAUCUAACAUUAACUGUGCCGAGUUAGUUAAAGGUCUUAGUGAUCUUUUACUUUGCGGAGUACUACGUCGUCUUCACGCAUUCAAACAUGAGUUUUGACGAGAUCUUACACACCAUUGGGGAAUUUGGAAUUUUCCAGAAGCUUAUUCUUUUUGCGUUGACUUUCCCACAUGCCGUUUUGAUCAGUUCUAUGUGUACUUUCCUUCUCAUUGAAGCUGACCCCAAGCGACAUUGCAACACAGACUGGAUUCUAAAGUCUGCUCCAAACCUGACUUUAGACGAGCAGUUGAACCUGACUGUUCCUCUGAAGCGGGACGGUUCUUUCAGCAGGUGCCGCAUGUUUGUACCAGUGGAUUGGGACAUCCAAACCAUCCGGGAGAACGGACUCAAUGAGACCACGGUGUGUCAGAACGGAUGGGUGUACUUUGAUAAAACGUACGAGUCCACCAUUGUCACCGAUUUUAAUCUCGUCUGUGACCAGUCCAACAUGCCGACGGUUGUGAAGACGAUUUUCUUGGCUGGUAUAGUCGCUGGUUCGAUCAUCUUUGGACCUCUUAUGGAAUCAUUCGGUCGUCUGAGAACCACACAGGUAUCCGCAGUCCUUCUCAUCAUAUGCAGCUUUGUGUCCGGUGCGUCGCCGAAUCUCUCCGCCUACAUCGUGACACAGUUCCUUCUGGGAGCGACCGUAGCGGGUUUCCGAACAAACUCCACUCUAUUAGCCACUGAGUGGUUGCAGGUCACCAAAAGGUCUUUUGCUUCCUGUUUUUGCCAAAUGUUUGUUGCACUGGGACAAUGUGGGAUGGCUGGACUGGUCUAUGUUCUUCCUACCUGGAGACUAACGCAAUAUGUGUUGGGAGCAGCUUAUUUUCUUAUCACCUUCUACAUGUGGUGGAUCCCUGAAUCUGCAAGAUGGUUGUUGAGUCAAGGUCGAAUUGAGGAAGCAAAGAGGUUGAUCAAAAAAGUCGCAGCAAUAAAUAAACUGGAAAUCUCUGAGAAUAUGCUGGACUGCAUGUUAAAGGAUCAUGAAAAAAAGGAAAUUGAAAAAGGAGCAAUGAAAAUAGUUUUUACCACACCGGUGCUGCUGAAACAUUUGUUGAUCAUCUCGUUUGUCUGGUUUUCAGUGGAUAUAGGCUACUUUUGUCUCAUUUUCAAUGUGGGUGGAUACGGCAUGAACAUCUUCCUGAAUCAAUUCCUGUUUGGUGUCUCGGAAAUUCCCGCACACCUUCUCUGCAUCUGGGUUUUGGAAUUUAUGGGGAGAAAAUUGUCCCUGGUUUUAACCCUUUUAGCAGGUGGGGUUUUUUGCCUCAUAACACUGGCUUUCUCACAAGACAAUGCAGUGGUUGUUACAGCUCUUGUAACCACAGGGAAGUUCUUCUUGACCUGGGCUAGUUCCGUGUGUAUGGUCUACUCUCAGGAACUGUUCCCCACCACAGUCAGGCAAACAGCUGUCGGUUUGGUAUCUCUUGCUAUGAGAGCAGGCGCCCUGCUCGCUCCGCCAAUAAACUUGUUGGCCGUUCAUCACUGGUCCAUACCCAUCGUUGUCUUCAGCACCCUUGCGGUGAUUAGCGGCGUUUUGGUUUUCUUCCUUCCUGAAACCAGAAGCAAAGAACUGCCUGAUUCUACCAGUGAGGUCAAUGGCAACAGAAAUAUGAUCAACACCAAAACAGGAAGUAACUCCAGGCAGCCUGAACUCAAUGGCAGAAAAUUCACCAAACCUGGUCUCGGUCUUGGAAUUACAAUCCCUCGUUUAUUACGGUUCAUUGGUGCCACACCUGACCGUGAUAAGUGAAUUAACGCAAUUUAGGAUUUUUUUAAUUAGAGCAUAGAAGACUUGUUUAAGACCAUCUAAAUGUGUAUUUUAGCAUAGCAUAAAACACCUCUAAAGUCAGAUACUCUUGUAUUCCCCAAUAUAGUCAACUUAAUAAUAUAAAUAUAAACAUUAAUAAGAUGUAUUAAACAUACAGUCAAUAAAAACUUACAGUACAAAGACUUGUAUUUUGAAUAUUUAGAAUACUACUGCAGUAGCUAGCUGAUAGCUAGCUGUUAAAAUGCUUAAUUUGGGCCAAGAAAACAUACAAUUUGUUUACAGAUAUGUAUGCUUUGACUAAUAAUAGGUAGUAUUGUACCACAAAACUGUACAGGAUAGAUUCAUAUUGUAUAAGUUUUAAUGUUAACAUAAAUAGCAUAAUAAUAUAAAAUACAGUGGAACCUUGAUUAGCGUCAAUUUCUCCCGCUUCCGGUUGCCAUUUUGUAGCUUAGCAAGCUAGCUUUCUGUAUUGUGCCCUAAUCGGAAACAAGGCUACAUUUGCAUACGUCCGCAACAUUGACUGAAAAACAUGCUAACCGAGGUUCCACCGUAAAUGGUAAACGUCAUCAUUUAGUAGUAUAAUAAUGUCAUGUUUGUUGUUCUCCUUUUGUUUUACACACCUGAGUUCCCAGUUCUGAGUGGAGCCACAAGACACACCCUGAGCCACUUAAGUUAAUCCCCCACAGCUGAUGUUAGACUCACAUACCAGCUGCCGAGUCCACGGCUUGGACUUCCUUUUUGGAUGUCGUGGUAACACUUUACAACAAGGUACACAAAAUUACAGUAGUUAAUGAGGAACGAACCUACCUGACCCCAACCACGAAUUAGUUCCUCAUUAGUACUUCAGCAGUUCCUCUGUAACUACUCUAAAUGUAGGUGCCGUAGUCAUUAGUUCCUCAUAUGUCCUCAAUAGCUACUCCAAAUGUAUAUGUUUUAGUUCACCAGGAACGACUAUACUCAUUAGUUCCUCCUUACUUCCUCAUUAACAUCUCAAUAACUACUCUAAAUAUAUGCGCCCUAGUCAUUAGUUCAUCAGUUCUUCAUUAUUUUCUCAGUAACUACUCUAAAUGUAUAUGUGCUUAGUUCAUUAUUAGUUCCUCAAUAACUACUCUAAAAAUAUAUUACCUUAGUCAUUAGUUCCGCAAUAACUACUCUAAAUAUAUGUGCCUUCAUCAUUAGUUCAUCAAUAGCUAGUAUACAUUUAUGUGCCUUAGUCAUUAGUUCAUUAGUUCUUCAUUAGUUCCUCAGUAACUACUCUAAAUGCAUGUGCCUUAAUCAUUAGUUAGUCAAUAGCUAGUAUACAUUUAUGUGUCCUAGUCAUUAGUUCAUUAGUUCUUCAUUAGUUCCUCAGUAACUACUCUAAAUGUAUAUGCCUUAGCCAUUAGGUCCUUAUUAGUUUCUCAAUAACUACUCUAAAAAUAUGUGCCUUAAUCAUUAGUUCCUGAUUAGCUACUCUACAUUUAUGCGCCAUAGUCAUAGUUCAUGAGUUAUUCAUUAGUUCCUCAGUAACUACUCUAAAUGUAUGUUCCUUAGUCAUUAGUCCCUUAUUACGUCUUCAAUAACUACUCUAAAAAUAUGUGCCUUAAUCAUUAGUUCCUGAUUAGCCACUCUACAUUUAUGCGCCUUAGUCAUUAGUUCAUUAGUUAUUCAUUAGUUCCUCAGUAACUACUCUAAAUGUAUGUGCAUUAGUUCAUUAUUAGUUCCUCAAUAACUACUUUAAAAUAUGCGCCUUAGUCAUUAGUUCCUCAAUAACUACUCCAAAAAGAUGUGCCUUAAUCAUUAGUUCCUCAAUAACUACUGUAGUUCCUCAUUAGCGCCUCCGUAAUUGUGAAUUGAUGCGCCGUAGUCAUUAUAGUUCUUCAUGAGUUAUUUGUUACUUCCUCAAUAACUACUCUAAAUGUAUACCUUAGUCAUUAGUUCCUCAUGAAUUCCUCAGUAACUACUCUAAAUGUAUGUGCCUUAGAUCUACAGUAAGUACUGCAGUUCUUCAUUAGUUCCUCAGUGACUACUGUGUUUUUGUGUAACUUGUUAAGUGAGACCAAUGCAGCUAGGCUUUUGCUAAUGGCUUAGCUCAGGACCUUUUCUUUCCACCUGUGAACUUAUUUGUAGAACAGACUUUUGUUGGUCAAAUAAAGCAUUGUAAACAUUGCCUACUCUCACUGGGUCCACCUUUCACACAAGACUUGACAAUAUUUAUACUACAUAUUGUAAUAUAAAACAUUUAUGUUAAAUGAUAAAAUACUUUAUCCUCCAUCUGUCCAUCCUUCGUCUUCUACGAGGGCAGAACCCCAAUCUGGUCUGCUGUCAAUUUACCAGUCGAUCUACGUUUGGCAAGUUCCAUACCAACUAAAUUGAAGUACCAACCUACAUUUCAACCUCAAAUUGUAGUAGUUACUCCAAUUCUUGUCUUCAGUGCUUCCAGUCGUGUAUGUGUAUGUUAGUUUUGUGUUUGUCAAAUUUCAGCUUCUAUGUGUUUACAGUACAUAAUGUAAUCUGCCAAGGCCUUCAGAAUCAGGGGUGC